AUGAUGUCUCGUCGAAUAACUUCCAAAGAAAGUUCCAGCAGAGGCCAGGCUCAUGUCGAAACGAUCAGAAGGAGCGCUUCGAAGGAAAAGAAAGUGCACGGUCAGCACUCGCUAUUUGGAGGGAGCGCUACGAGAAAAUUGCUUGUGGCUAGAUACUAUCUCGAACGAAAAUCAAGGUCAUUGCUAUUGAUUGCCCUAUGUCUGGCAGUUCUUGUUCUACUAAUGACAGGAAAGACAUUGGAUGAGGCAGCAACCAUCCCAUUCUCGUCGUUUUUACUGUUACGGAAUAAGGAACCAUCUGUCAUCCAACGAAUAGACUUCACCUUUCACAAGCCUCGCACUCUUGAAAUAAGCUCUGACUUACUUGACACCAUCAACAAUAUCACAUCUUUACGGGACCCCAUCCUUGGGUAUAAUACCAACGAUACCAUUGAAGUUUCUCCCGCUCAUGAAAAAUUCAAAGAACAUUUGGAGAAUAGUAAGAGGUACAACCGAUGGCAAAGAGAUCCAAUAAGGACGGAAGAGUGUGAACCGAUGCACCCGUGGCAAGAAACAUUAUUUCCUUCCUGUUUGGAUUUCCAUGCCAUGGACCUCCAAAAAGAUCUCCGUGCAAUAACCGAUGGAGGGUACAAUAGUGUCUUCAGAAUCACGGAUAUUGAUGGAUCCCAUCACAUUAUGAAGAUUCUCAAGUAUGGUGACACAAAGCAUACCGAUCGCAACUUUGACCGGGUACGCCGUGAUUCCCUCGUCAUGGAACGGGCAACUGGUUCGCCCUAUGUCAUGGAUAUUUACGGUUAUUGUGGCUUUUCACAAGUAGUGCCAGUUGGUCGUCAUGGUGAUCUAAAUGGCAUUCUGAGAGGCUACUACGAUCAACUCUCGCAAGGCCAAAAGCUGGAAAUUGCCACCCAAGUUGCACAGGCUCUGGCGGACGUUCACGAUUUAGACGGAGAUGGGAUUUCGAGCAUGAGUCAUGGAGACUUUGCUUCCAAGCAGUACAUUUUGAUUGAUGGGAGAUUCAAGCUGAAUGACUUUAAUCGAGGGCGAUUCAUCCGGUGGAAUCCUACACUGAACGAGCCUUGCCCGUAUACCAUCGAAAAGAAUGGUGAUAAGUUUCGAGCUCCAGAAGAAUACAAACACGUCCCACAGACGGCGGCCAUUGACGUUUGGGCGCUUGGCAGCGUCUUUGUGCAGAUUGUGACAGGCCAUGGGAUUUGGAAUAACUACGAUUCAGAAGAAGCCCAGCACUACAUUGUCGAAGGGAUUCGAUAUCCAAUGGACAGAUCGUCAACGGAUCCCAUUGAUCAGGUACUGUACAAGGCCAUUGACAUGUGUCAAGUCUACGAAGCAAAGGAUCGACCCAAGGCAGGCGAAGUAUUGGAAUACCUGAAAGCAGAAGCCAAGCGGCUGGAUGUAGAAUGGGAUAAGCCAUUUGGGGAAUAA